GAGAGAGAGAGAGAGAGAGAGAGAGAGAGAAAGAGAGAGAGAGAGCGAGAUGUUGCUCAGUCAGCUGCAGAGCCCGCAGCCAUGGAUUCCACCUCCUCGCCUUCCCGCACUCCGCCGCAACUCUCCUCCCUCGAGCAAAGUGAUGCAGAUACAAUGUUUGUGGUUCAAACAUGCAGCUUUUUGUUGGCAUGGCCCCACAAGGCACAAGGAAGGUCUUAUGUAUCUCUUAACGGACAACUCUUUUUUCCAGGGAAAUUGGAUGCCAGAUCCCAGAGAACCGGGGAUGGUCUGGACUUCAGAGUUUGUGCAGGGAAUAGGAACAAUUUUGAUGCAAAGUUCUUUGCGAGGGACCAGAAUAGGGAUUAUCAGGAUCCCCAUGUUAGAUCAAUGAUGAGUACCAUGUCAUUGUAUGUGUUCCUCAGGUUGUCCCAACUGAAUUCCGCCUGCAUGCUGACAAAGAUUUGUCAGCCGCUCCUACCACAUCUUUUUCAGAAAUUUCUGGCUUCAGGCGCUUCAUUUGCCUGUAUAUCUAAUUCCUUAAAUAAACCAAUGCCUCUUAACUUGGACGUGUCCAUGCCUUCACUUGGAGACGUCAGAUGGAACUUUGCUCGAAUGAUAUAUUUGUUCAACAUCCAACUUGAGCGAAACAUUGCCACGUUCUUUGUAGUGCUCCUGCUCGCAUGCUUCUCUUUUGUUGUCAUUGGUGGCUUCCUAUUCUUUAAAUUCAGGGGGAGUAAAGAAUCACUUGAGGAUUGCUUUUGGGAGGCAUGGGCAUGUUUGUGCUCAUCAUCUACUCAUUUGAGGCAAAGAACACGUUACGAAAGGGUCAUUGGAUUUGUACUUGCUAUCUGGGGAAUAUUAUUUUAUUCUCGCCUACUAAGCACUAUGACAGAGCAAUUCAGGAAUAAUAUGCAAAAACUCAGAGAGGGAGCACAAAUGCAAGUUCUAGAGAGUGAUCAUAUUAUUGUAUGCGGAGUAAAUAGCCAUCUUGGUUUCAUACUAAAGCAGCUUAACAAGUAUCAUGAGUUUGCUGUUCGCCUAGGUACUGCUUCAGCUAGGCGACAGAGGAUUCUUCUAAUGUCUGACCUACCGAGAAAGCAGAUGGACAAGAUUGCUGACAAUAUUGCCAAAGAUCUUUGUCAUAUUGAUGUCCUCACCAAGAGUUGCAGUCUUAGUUUAACAAAAUCAUUCGAAAGAGCUGCAGCAAGCAAGGCUCGUGCCAUUAUUAUACUACCGACAAAGGGAGAUCGGUAUGAAGUUGAUACUGAUGCCUUUUUGUCAGUGCUGGCACUUCAACCUAUUCCGAAGAUGGAGUCAGUGCCUACCAUUGUUGAGGUUUCAAAUUCCAAUUCUCGCGACCUUUUAAACUCAGUCUCUGGCAUAAAGUUGGCGCCUGUAGAGAACGUUGCGUCAAAGUUAUUUGUUCAAUGCUCUCGGCAAAAAGGGCUCAUAAAGAUCUAUAGACACUUGCUCAACUAUCGAAAAAAUGUGUUUAAUCUUUGCAGUUUCCCUCAUCUGGUCGGCAUGAAAUAUGGGCAGUUAAGACGUGGAUUUCAAGAGGCAGUAGUUUGUGGCCUCUAUAGGAGUGGGACGAUACGGUUCCAUCCAAGUGAUGAUGAGAUUGUGCAGUACGGUGACAAAAUAUUGUUCAUAGCCCCCGUGCAUGGAAAAAGGAAACCACAAAUUGCAUCUUCAACGGCCACUAAAGAAGGAGUAGGUUCCAUUAAAAAUCUGGAAGUUGUUGCAGAGAAUAGCGAUAAUUCACAGGCCUUGGAAUUGAUAAAAGUGAGGCUUGAUUGCAUUGUCAAACGGUCAAACAAACUGGGCUCAAAGGCAUCUGAGUGUAGUUUGGGACCUAAAGAAUGUAUACUUUUGCUUGGAUGGCGUCCAGAUGUGGCAGAAAUGAUUUCUGAAUAUGACAAUUAUCUUGGACCUGGCAGUGUGGUGGAAAUAUUGUCGGAUGUCCCCAUAAAUGACAGGAAAAAGGAAAGCAACCUUGGUGGUCAGUGCAGACUAAAAAAUAUCAGGGUCUCCCACAGUAUUGGGAACCCAAUGGACUAUGAUACAUUAAAGGAGACUAUUAUCAAAAUUCAAAAGUCAAUCAAGAAGAAUGAAAAUAUUCCCCUUUCAAUUGCUGUAGUACCUGAUAGAGAAUGGCUUAUUGGAGAUCCAUCCAGGGCAGACAAGCAUUCUGCAUACUCUCUUCUUCUUGUUGAAAAUAUUUGCAAUCAACUCGGUGUGAAGGCACAAAAUCUGGUUGCAGAAAUCGUCGACUCAAAGUUGGGUAAACAAAUUACAAGAAUUAAACCAUCCCUCACUUAUAUAGCAGCUGAGGAAGUAAUGAGCCUUGUAACAGCCCAAGUGGCAGAGAACAUUGAGCUGAAUGAGGUAUGGAAGGACAUUCUUGACGCAGAGGGCGAUGAAAUAUAUGUUAAGGAUAUCAGCCUCUAUAUGCUAAAGGGCGAGAACCCAUCGUUCCACGAGCUCUCGGAAAGGGCACGCUUGAGGCGCGAAGUUGCCAUAGGCUACGUGAAAAACAACAAGAAGGUCAUUAACCCAAUCCCAAAGUCCGAACCCCUGUCCCUUGAAUUGACAGACGCUUUAAUCGUAAUAUCGGAGCUCGAAGGAGAACAACCUAUUGUUGUGUAAAUCAUACAUUCACAUAUCUUCUUGCCACCCAAUUCCUCGGAUCUCCCUUUUGUAAUGAAGUUGUGGCGAGGGCUUAAAACUACCGUGUAUUUUAGGAAAAGAAAAUAUCAGUUUUGGCAUUCCAUCGUGC